GGAGAGUUUCUUGCAGGGUUUCCAUUGGCUCCGCCCUUUCUCCGCCGUUCCUUCCGGCUCCUUUAUCUGGGUUGCCUAUGGGCGAAUGUGAGACUUUUUGCACGCAUUCGCAGUUUGCUGCGGCGCUUCCCUCCCCCCUCCACUUUUAUUGUUUUUUUAAAUAGAAAAUAUUUAUUGAUGUCAUCGGGUGUAGAGGGAGGGGGAGGAACGAACCUCUAGUUUUCAUGCUGCAUGGGGGGAAAGUGAACGAGGGCGGUGGGCUGCUCUCUCGCUUUAUUUUUAUUUUAUUUUUAAAGUCUUAUUCUUUAAAGUGCUGGCUUCCAGUUCAAAGUUCACAAAGCAUCGCUUACCCCUCCUCCCCCUAAAAAGUGCAGUAGGUUUUUCUCUUUUUUUUUAAAUGCAAGAUGGCGGACUUGCACUGAAGAAGCAGAAAUGCAGAGGUCUCUAAAAGCUGCUUGCAAAAUAUUGCAAGGUGGUAGACGCCGAAGUUAAGAAGCUGCUGCUUGUCCUUUUAUCCUUUGCACUGCAAGUCGCCGUCUUGCCUUGUUGCACUACAGAGAUGCUGCUAACGGGCUGAAUAAUGCUGAGAACCUGCCAUGCGAUGACGGAGAACCAAAAGCCAUUAUCGUAACACAAUCCUCCAGGAAGCUUGACUCGGAGCGGGAGCCGCGUCAACUCAAACCUGCCAAGUCUCUUCGCCGCAGCAGAAUGGCAAGUAAACGGAAAUCCACUACGCCCUGCAUGGUCUUAGCAAGUGAGCCAGACCCAGAUUUGGAGGUGGUCUCUGACGUGGAGGAAGGACCGGCUGCGAUCACGCCAGCGGGGAGCGUCUUGAGUGACGAAGACUCUCAAGAAUAUGCAGACUCGGACAAUCAGCAAAAAAAAAAAGUCGAAGGGGGUUAUGAAUGCAAGUACUGUACGUUCCAGACUCCAGAUCUCAAUAUGUUUACUUUCCACGUGGAUUCUGAGCACCCGACCAUCGUGCUGAGCUCCUCCUACGUCUGUCUUGAGUGCAAAUUCGUCACCAAGAGGUAUGACGCCCUUUCGGAACACAAUAUGAAAUACCACCCCGGAGAGGAGAACUUUAAGCUCACCAUGGUGAAGCGUAACAACCAGACCGUCUUUGAGCAGACAGUGAACGACCUCACUUUCGAUGGGAGUUUCGUCCAGGAGGAGAAAGCGGAGGAGUCGGAAGCUUCUGAGGGCCAUUUGUCGGGGAUCUCAAUCAGCAAAACCCCAAUUAUGAAAAGGAUGAAGAAUAAGAACGAAUCGAAGCGGAUCGCCAUGUUCCACAACGCGGCAGAGGAUGGUGCCGCAGAGGAGAAGGACGCCGAGUCGGACCCAGAGUGUGAGGAGAUCGUAGAGAAACCGGCUCCUACCGCUUUGGACCCCAACCCAAGUAAUUCACUGGCGGCGGAAACCAUUAGCACGGUUGUGAACCCCACGACGGUGAUCCAGCCUGCGCAAGUGAUUACGACCAUGACGUCUCCGCAGAACUCAAACUUGAUUUCUAAAGUCUUGAUCCCUAUCAAUAGCAUUCCGACCUAUAACACGGCUUUGGAUAACAACCCCCUCUUGCUCAACACCUACAACAAGUUCCCGUACCCGACAGUCUCUGAAAUUGCACUUCUAGCCACGCAAGCAAAAUACACCGAGGAGCAGAUCAAAAUCUGGUUCUCUGCCCAGCGCCUGAAGCACGGCGUCAGCUGGACACCGGAGGAGGUGGAGGAAGCAAGGAGGAAGCAGUUCAAUGGCACCGUGCACACUGUCCCUCAGACCAUUACGGUCAUCCCGGCACACAUUUCGGCAGCCGGCAACGGCCUGCCUUCCAUUCUGCAGACCUGCCAAAUAGUCGGCCAGCCGGGCCUGGUGCUUACGCAAGUCACGGGCGCUGGCACGCUUCCGGUGACUGCCCCAAUCGCGUUGACGGUGGCCGGAGUCCCGAACCCGGCCCAGUUGCAGAAAGCGCAGGUGCAAGCGACUCAGCCCGUUACCGAAACCAAGCAGGUGGCUGCCGUCCCGGCCCCUCAGCUUACCAAAUCGGAGGUGGUGGCGGCGGCAAACGUGGACGUGGUCGGGGGCCGUACGAAGAAGACCAAGGAGCAGCUGACGGCGCUGAAGAUCAGCUACCUGAAAAGCCACUUCCCUCUGGAUUCCGAGAUCAUUCGGCUCAUGAAAGCGACGGGCCUGACCAAAGGGGAGAUCAAGAAGUGGUUCAGUGACACCCGGUAUAACCAGAGGAACUCGAAGCACAACCACUAUAACCAUCUCAACAACGAUUCCUGCACCAUUGUGAUUGACUCGAGCGACGAGACGAACGAGCCCUCAGCGCUGGUGCAGCCGCAGCAGAAACAGUCGUGGAAUGCCUCUGACCUCAGCCCCCAGAAAUUUAAGGAGAAGACUGCCGAGCAACUGCAGGUCCUCCAAGACAGUUUCCACAACAACCCUGCUCUUACAGACGAUGAACUGAACAGGAUACGGUCGGAGACCAAGCUGACCAGGCGGGAGAUUGACGCUUGGUUUUCGGAACAGAAGAAACCGAACGUUCCGCAGGACGAAAGCGAGGAAUUGGCCGAAAGUAAUUCAGGAAGCUUAAAGGAAGCAUCUGCUGAGGCCUGUGGUGGGGAAGGAACUGGAGCCCAGAAGUCAGGGAAGCUGUCUAAGAAGUCGCCGGAACAACUGCACAUGCUCAAAAUGUCCUUCGUCCGGACGCAGUGGCCGUCCGCGGAGGAAUACGACAAGUUGGCAGAAGAGACCAAGCUCCCCCGGCCAGAAAUCGUUAGCUGGUUUGGAGACACGCGUUACGCCUGGAAAAAUGGCGGCUUGAAAUGGUACUACUACUACCAAGGGGCCGACGCGAGCGGUAUGAAUGGCCAAGGCUAUUCGAGGCGGAGGGGGAGAGGACGGCCGAAAGGCCGAGGGAGGGGAAGGCCCCGUGGGCGGCCGAGGGCCAACAAACGGAUCAGGCCUUGGGACAGGACGCCGAUCAUCAAAUUUAAAACUGGAAAAGCCAUCCUGAAGGAUUAUUACCUGAAACACAAAUUCCUUAACGAGCAGGACCUUGACGAGCUGGUGGCCAAAUCGCACAUGGGAUACGAGCAGGUCAGGGAGUGGUUUGCGGAGAAGCAGAGGAGAGCCGACUUAGGCCUUGAGUUGUUUGAGGAGGAAGACGACGAGGAGGAGACAUUGGAAGAGCAGGACGACGAAGACGAAGGUGAGGCUGAGGAGGACGAAGAAACAGACGACAGCGACAACUGGGAGCCUCCUCGACACGUUCGACGUAAGCUCUCGAAAUCAGACUGAGGUUCCAGUUCUUUUGUCGUGGGGCGUGGCUGUGCGGUGCCAAAUGAUUGACGCUGUCCCUCCAGUCCUGGUGGCCCCUAUAGAUUCCCUCCACUUUUGGAAGGGGGGAAAUGAGUCAUUGACUCCUGUAGCAAUCGCAUAUUUGCUCCUUGGUUGGCCGAAGUGAACAAGCAGUUCCGGGAUUUGGAAUUUACAAAUUUGGCUCUCCUCCACAUCUCUGCUGGCUAGGCUGCACCACAUAAGGGACUGUUGGUUUAAUGGCCUUAUGUUUGAUUCCAAAAAUCCUUUAAGGGUGCAGAUGAUUUUUUAAAAAAAUAAAAUAAAGAAUCCUCUUAACCACAGUAGGAAAAUUAACUGCAAAACGAUGUUUGAAAAACGUGCUUCGUGUUGCAAAACGGCAUGUCUAUUUUCCUUCCUCUGAGCAGAAGGACAAUUUUAUUUUAUUUUUCCAGAGAAAAACAAGAUGGGUUGGGGGUAAAGGAUACCAAAGGGCAAAUAGCAGCAAAAGCGUGUGAGGAUGGCUUGCGGUUUUUGUGUGUUUUCUUAGGACAAUAGAGGAAAAGGAGUACCUUUGUUACAUCCGAAGCCUGUGUGCUAGGUUUACAGAAGUCCUAUUGAAUGUGUCUCUCUAGCUGUGUUCAGGGAGCUUGGGUUGGAAGUAUGCUUUUAUAUUAAAACUAAUCAGUGUAUAUCAUAUUUAAAUACUAGAUACGAUUAAUGCAGCCAAUACCAAAACUUGUCUUUGACCGUGCAGUUCUUUUGAAAUCGCUAACAAUAAUGGCUUGCCUCUUUACAGAAAGGUUCCCUAAAAAUAUGUAUCACAGGCUUCUUUAAGGAAAAAAGCAAAGCUUAAAAAAAACAACAACACAACAGCCGUCUUGGUUUUUAAAGAGCAAUGGCCAAAUACUUUAGCCUGGGGGAGCCUGGCAGUUCCCAACCUAGACAUCAUCUCCUCUACUCCAUUGUGACUCUUCCCACCCAUCACACCAUCAAGCAACUUGGACUGGGGAGAAUCUGCCUGCACAACCUGUAGAACACAUAUUGUUGGGACUCCCAUCAGCCCCAGGCAGCAUGGCCAAUGGUCAGGGAUGAUGGGAGUUGUAGUUCAGCAACAUCUGGAAAGCCGCAGCUGGCAUCCCGUCUAUCCGCCAAAAAGCAUCCUGUGAGUCAUGGUAGCUCAGUGGUUAGAACGUGAUGCUGAUAACACCAAGUUUGCAGGUCUGAUCCUUGUAAGGAAUGCCUGCAUAUUCCUGCAUUGCAGGGGGUUCGGCCUUUCUCAACCUGUGGGUCCCCAGACUACAACUCCCAUCAUCCCUGAGCUCUGGCCUUGCUAGCUAGGGGUGAUGGGAGUUGUAGUUCAACAACAUCUGGGGACCCACAGGUUGAGAAAGGCUGAACUAGAUGGUCCUCCGAGUUUCUUCCAAUAAUUCAAGAUAUGCCACCAUUUUCAGGUUAACCUCCCUGGCGGAAGGCCAUUUGCCAGCUUAGAAGGGGCACCAUUUGCUUUCUGCCAGGCACAAAACGGGUGUAAGGAGUUGAAUGGGAAUAAUGACAAGAGCUGGAUGGGAACUGCCAGUUCUUGGUUGAGAAGAACAGUGGUUCCCAAAUUCCCUCUAUCAAGGAACUCGUGGAUUUGAAGUCCCCCACCCAGUAUAAUAUAAGACCAAGCAAAGCAGCUCAGCUAGCGGAACUUGCUCUGGGUCUGUAAUCCUGCAACCGGGCAAACUGAGCAGACAAGGGCAGCUGGAACCCAAGGUGUCUUGUGUGCUGUGCUUUAAGCGGCAUAGAGCAAAAAGAACACAACAAAGGAACCAGCGGCCUGUCUCCUUGACCCUUCUUGUGGUCCAGCAACAUUGCCCUGCAAAUUCUGUGGAGAUGAGUUAACAGGGGAGCUUACAGUUUCCCGGGACAUUUAGGGACUUUGAAACAGGUUUGCAAGCUGGAGAGAGAGCGCAGUCUGAGAUCCAGACAAGAACACUUCGGGUUUAUUUUUACACCCCUUUUGCUUUGCCAGUGUUUGAAUUCAUACACGGUUUGAAAUUGUGACAUUUCCUGCCUUUCCAGCACUGGGUGUGUGGCUAAAUCUCCUGUGUGGUUCCGCGUUGCCUCAUUUGUCUUCCUUUGCAGUUGUAGCUCGAGCAGACGAAUUUGCACAGCUAGUUGAACCAGACUUCAUGGUAACUAAUUCAGGCAGCCAAUUACUUCUGCAGCUUUGCAGUGCAGCCAAGCAUUCUUCUUUCCAGUUCAGUUCUUUACCUUAUUUAUUUCCUUUAACUUGCCGGGGAGGAAUCCUUUGUGGCGUUCAGUAUUAGCCUCCAGAAAGCUGCCUUUUCCCAAACGUUUGACAGGCCAGCUUAAAAACCAUGCACUGGAAUUAUUUGUCAAAAUUAGCCAGCUUUCAAAUGGGCAUGGUCCAAUGCAGAGGCAGUGCUAACAUCCUGCAAACCAUGGUUUACAACUUCAAAACCAGCCUCGAAUAUAUGUGUUCCUCCCCGCACCUUCCAUGUGCACUGACCAUAGUUAAACACAGUUAACCAGGUUUCCUUAGGACAGACUCAUUCCAAACUACCGUUUCAAACUGUGGUUUAUGAGAGGACUGUUGUUUUCUAUCUGCACAUAUGAAAUGCUAAGUCAUGGUUAAAGCCAGUCAGGGAAGGGACAUGGAGAGUUGCUUCAGAAAGACUGGCUGCUGGUGUGUAAACCAUGGUUUACAGGGAGCCAGUGUUUCAUUUUCACUUGUUUUCAACAUCCAAUCCCUUCUCUCAAUGCUUUAUGCGCAGGGGCUGGUGGUUGUGGUUUUGACACCGUUCAGGGUGCUAACUUAGGCAGUUUCUGUGGAGAGGGCACAAGAGGGCAUGAUUCCUGUGUUUUGUGCUUUUAAUGUGGGAAGGUAAUCACAAAACUAUUUUCCCCCUUAGUCUUUCAUGUGACAAACAUUUCCCCUCCUCACAGCAGAAGCAGGUGGUUUGAUCUUCGGUCUCUCCCCCCCAGCAUGGUUAAAAAAAACCCCUGCUGUCUCCACGUUAGGACACAUCUGCAAAAAGAGCAUUGUGAAAAUGAUGCAGUUAAAACCGAGCCAUCACAAGGAUUUUGCCAUCUUUUAAGGGGGUGGGACUUAAGAGACUUUGGGUCCCUUCCAACUCUGUCACUCCAGUUCAGUUGAAGCGAACAUCGAUACUGGCACUUGUUUUUGAAGCUAUUUUGGUUCUGGCAGCAUGCCAGAGGAAAUAAAUUCUCUCGAGGGUGGCAUUUCUUUAUGAGCGGCAAUUUUUGUUUGUUAAAUUGUAGGCUGUUUCACACUUCGCCAUCUCAAGAGAGAGGGAGGGACCUGUGUUGAGCUGUUGGGAAUAGGCCUAUGUAUUUAAAAUGUAGUCAGUCAGUUCCGAAAGCAGGAUGAGUCCAAAUCUCUCUCUUGGUUGGCAAGACAGACUACAGGCCACCUAUUAAGACAUUUUGGGUGCUUUUGAAAAUUAGGAGACAAUGUAUGUCCGUCCCUCAAGCAUCACCACCAAUUUAAGAGCAAGUUUAACAGAGGGGCACACAGAUUAUAAAAUGCCACGUAGAGAGGUCCAUGUCUUCGCUUCUUUCAUCAACCAAAACUGGAGAGGGUUUGGAAGUCAACGGGGAACUCGCAAAGAACUGUCCACUCUGCACUAGAGAGAUCAACUCCAUAUUUGAGAUCUGUUGCCUGGGGCUGCUCAUACUAGAUCUCUUUUGUUUGCUAUUUUUGUUCAAGUGUGUUGUGGGACCCAAGCAACUUCCCUUUCCAGCAGCAAAAGCAUUUUAGCACUGAUUAAAUAAGCCCUCCAAUGUAGUGAUGCCGUUUCUGUUUGCAUUCCUGUUUUUUAAAUGGGGGUGGCGUUUUGUUUUGUUUUGUUUUGCAAAGCUUCUUUGGCUGACGAUACCCGUAGGAUGUUGUUUCAGCUUGCAUUUGUUUACAGCACCGCUUUCCCCAACUCCGCUUAAAAAGGAAAAUAUUGAAAAAUGAUAGCGUCGCAAGCACAAGGUUGCGAGGUGACGACCAGCACUGUGACGAGAUGAAGCGUGGGGCUGCCUGUUAUGUUGCUCUUUUUCAAAGUGGCUUCCUUCCUAAUUUCUGGAAAAACUCUGCUCAGCAAUUUGCUGUUUUUCCUAGGAAGUGUUUUGGGGUGUAAUACAGGGUGAGAGAAUUGCACUGAGCCCCUCAAGGGUCCCCAGAUUUUCCUUCCGUGAAACUGCUGCCGCUUUUCCUGUACGUACACUAAGCAUAUUAUUUAUCCUGAUUUGCAGUUUGCAAUUACUGUGUUGCGAUUUAUUCAGAAUACGAGAAUGGUGCUUUGGUAAUUGCCAGUAAAGAUUUGAGCAAGUUGCUAAAUCUGUUUUUUCCUGGUUUAUCGUUAUAGCAGGUGACCCACUGCUGUUACAAAAGUUUUGGGAUUUUUACUUGACUGGUGCACAGUUUCCACCCUUCCUUGCUUCCCAAAGUGAUGAAGGGGGAAACAAGUUUUUUGGGGGCGGGCGGGUGGGAGGUGGGAGAGGCAGGCUUGGUCAUCUAUGGUUUACUGUGAAUGAUGGUGGUCCUUUUGUGAAAGCAAGAAAAGAACUGGACAGACCUAACCCCAGGACUGGAAUACGCCACAAGGAUUGGAUUGUCCACGAUGUGCCAAAGUUUUUAAAAAAUAAACACUUCUUCAGCCGGCAAAAGUUCUGCACUGUAAUAUGACUGGUUCAAUGACAACUUAAGGAGGGUGGGGAAAAUCUGGUUUUAAUACAGACCGUUUUUAUUCUGCUACGUGGAGGGGAAGUUUAAUGUUUUGAAGACAUUUAAUUGAGAGGAGAAUUGGGUGACCCAUUUUUCAUCUGGCUUGUACCGAUAACUAUGUUCUUGGUAUAUAAAGAUGGGCUUUAACUGCCUGUGUUCUUUGAUAAUGUGAUUUAAGCUUAUAGCUUUGAGUGACCAAACAUUUUACAGAGUAAAAGUUCUUAGAAACAAGUAAACUUAA